GUAACACCUUGCUCACGGAAACCGAUUUCCACAUCGGAAUUACAAUAUGUACGGCUAUACUGAAGCAAAACGGUCGUAACGUGUCGACUGUGCUUGAGGUGGUGCGCGGAAGGCUUGGUAGCGAGUACCCCGGCCAAAUCAUGGCAGCUCGGCUAUUUUGUAGCUAUCGAAACAUGCUAGAACCCCCAAGCUUCUCGUCUGAUAUCUCAGAUCGUGGCUCAGUUACCCUGGCCGUACUGUUACUGUCCCAAUCUGCCUCACGCAUGUGUGCAGAACGGAUGACAUUCAACGCACGUUUCCGGUGUCUCUUAUUAUCGCUGUAAAGUUAAACGAACGAAUAUGCUAAACAGAAGUAUUUUCAGACAUCUAUUUGCGUCAUACGAUGAAGGUUCAGAAAGGUCUAGUGAGAAAACUCAAUGAGCAAACCCACGCCGGGAGCUGUGAAGCCGUUGCCUACGACUUUGUUGCUCUGGCCUAUUAUUUGUUGGUCGCGGCAGCAUCUUGUCACGAUGCUUCUGGCCACCUACUCCUUGAGCCAAGCCUGGUUGCUCCCCUGAAGAUGAUCCCAUUGGAAGUUUCAAACGACACUAUUGCCCACAUCUACGCCAUGCCUGACGCCGCAUCUGAAAGGUUUCGUCUCUUUUACAUGAACGAUUCGUCCACCAACCCCGCUGAGACUGCCUCUUGGAGCUUUGUGGAUCCUGAAUUUACCUUCAAUGCAAGCCAUGUCCAAGCCGGUAUCACUCUCGGGAUUGAUGGGCGUGAGUUUGUGAAGGAUUUGACAAAAUGGGACGGCAAAGUGAGGGUGCAUUUUCAUGUUCACGCCAAUGGCACUAUCAUAUCCGACGCCGUUGAGCUCAAGGUGGCUCCAGUCCUGACCCAUCACCAUCUCCAACGUAUCAGCGCCUUUGUCAGUACUGCGGCAAACGAGUCUGAUCCUAGUGACGAUAUUUGGGCCCAGGAUUUUGUUGAACCAGCAUAUGCUAGCAUGCCUGGACCUAACGGCCAACCGAUCUCGCUCAGAAUUAUGUUGAGGUCGGCACAGUCAGUUCGUACUGCUAGCCGACAGGUCUUUGAGCAGCUUCGCGGGAAAGGCGUUGGUGGUUUCCAAUCUGAGGGGGGACGCGGCGGCUAUGGCGACCGAGAAAUCAACGCAUACGGCAACCUCGAAACGAUCCCACCUUACACGUCCAAGAGUGGAGUCCAAUAUCCUGCCGGCCGGAUCAUCCAUGGCAAGCAUUACGAUAAGAUGCCAGCGGAAGCAACGAUUGCCUUCUUGGAAGGCCAAGAGCUUCAAACCCCCCUUUUCCUUGAGUCUGGAUGGCUACUCAACGGUCACGUUCAUGAGUUCGUCCAGUUUCUACCUUCCAACGAGACGGGCCUUGGCUUCACGAUUGGUAUCGCUGACACCACGUCCGCCCUCGACUUGCUCAGAAACACCUCAGCAGCGGGGCAUGGUGGUGUGCGGGCGAUUUCUGUCGAUGGGUCUGUUGAAGGCUCCAUUUCUACCACGAAAGAGGAGCUGGCCAUGACGAUCGAUGAGCUUCUUGCAAAUGAGACAUUCCACAAGGUCAAAGCUUAUGCGCAAAGGCAUAUUGAUGCUAAUCUGGGAAUCCUGCUCGCUGAGAUACCUAUCCUUCGAGAUCAUGUGAUUCGCAUUCCCUCGCUUUUCAAGGCUCCCAAAGUAUCCUCGCUCUCCUCGUUGACUGAAACGGUAAUGAAGGGCGAGUAUUUGCUAGUGAGCUUCAGCCCGGCGGCUAUCAACGGCGUCGUGUUGGGCAACUACUACUCGAAGGGGCGAGACAUCAUGGAAGUUGCCAUCCGGGAGGCAUAUGCAAAGGCUGGCAUGGAAGUCGGGUUUGUGGAUGAUUUCAUGUCGCAUCACCACACCUUUGGUGGGGACAUUGUGGAAGCAUUACUUUCAGAAAGACGGACGUAG